ACCAAGGUUAGUUCCAGUCCAAUAAGAUGAGGAAGAUCUGGGACAAGUGUUACACCGGAAGGAGAAUGAGAAUGGUUGACAAAGAAACAGGUGUUAUCCUUUGGCUUGAGCAUGUGUGUGGUUCUUCUUUAGAUUGCGAACGUUUUUCUGAGCAUUUUUCGGGAAGUUUUUCUGCGAAAAUUGCUACAAUUUAUUUUGGUCAUGAUUAUGUCAAGAUCAGAGCAGUUCUCUAAUUCUCUUAUGAAAGUUCUGUGGAAAGUCAUGAUUGUUUCAGGAGUAUUGAUCUAUGGAUCUCAUGCUAUAUUGAUCAACUUGUGUAAAAAUGAAAAUGGGAAAAUUCCAUUCAGUUCUGCAUCAGUGGUCUUGUUGAGUGAAGUCAUGAAGUUUGUCUUCUCUGUUACCUUCCUAAUUCCAGAGAUGCUGCGUGGUGCAGUGCAUUUUCUGCCAUUAAAAACCCUUGUGUUCUUUUCCAUCCCUGCUCUUCUGUACUGCAUCAGUAACAACACAGCAGUACAUGUGCAAGGUUACCUUGAUCCAGCAAGCUUUCAGGUAUAGUUUAAAAAAGGUGUAAAUUUGUGAUCUCAGUCGAUUGUGCUAAAUAUUUCAUGAGAUAAGUACUUUUUCUUGCAUAGUUAUGGCAGACUGAAAAAUGCUCAGGACAUAAUACAAGUGUAUAACUAUGUUAAAAACAGUGGAAAGCAGAUUUACAUUACUGUUACUGGCAUCCUCUUGAUGAUAUUUUACUGCACAAUGUCAGGACUGGCUGGAAUUUCAACAGGUUAUUUUCAUUUGACUUGCUAUCUUUUUUUUUCUAUUCACUUGCAAAACACUUUGAUGUAUUUGUAUGGAAUCAUUUUCAAUCUUUUGGCUUACACUUCAACAAAUCACUCAGCAGGAACCAUCUAUGACACAUCUGCGGGAUUUUUUCAUGGUUAUUCAAAGUGGACUGUGGUGAUCGUUUUCUGCCAGGCCACGAAUGGACUUAUUUUAUCAGCGGUUAUGAAACACUCCAGUAACCUGAUCCGUUUGCUAAUCAGAGCUUGUGCAAUGAGCGUCAAUACAGCCUUGUCCAUGGCUAUAUCCUCACUACAGCUCAACCUCUACUUCAAUGUUGCUUUCAUUUUAGUCAUUGUUGCUUUGAAACUCUAUCACAGCUGAGGUAAGGGAGUAAAAUUAACAACUUGUGGAAGAGAGUUAUUUCAUACGGUGUGUUUUUUAAGCCAGUGAAAAUAGCAGAGUAAAAGAACGAGUUUAAGUAUUCGAGAGAAUUCCUUAAACUGAACCAUGCAACAAUUUCUGAUGAUUCAUUUUAAUGUAUUCUAAUGUAUUAUAAAAUAUUCGUAGCUUGUAUAAUUGUUUUGUUUUUUUCAUCUCUGUAAGGAAGCACUGUGAGCUUAAAGAAUUUGGUUAACAAAAGAAAAAACGUCUGUACUUCUUUAUCGAAACAUUAUAGAUGAGGCGGUGGAGUUCGAAAGUAGUCAUAAAUUUAUCAUUCUAUGCUUUUAGUUUGUACAUAUUUUGCCAC